AUGCGAACGACAACGGACCCAGGAUUUGUACAGGCCGAUUCAUAUAAUCUGCCCGAAGUAACAUGCGAAAUGAUAGAUAUAUAUUACGAAGAAAUUGCUGAGUAUUUUAUUGCUGGGGUGCGGAACGUGAAAGCUCAGAGGUAUAGUAUCUUAUGGAUUACUUUUGUAUAUCUACCUAAUGGUUUUGGGUAUGUCCAGUUGAAAAGGGAUCAUCCCCAGUGCAUUGUAAAAGCUCGAAUCACGCCAGAACAUAAAAUUCGAAAACAAAGCUAUUUGGUUAGUGUGUGCAUUGAUGAAGAAUGCCAUAAAGUAAUUGAUGUGAAAUGUAAUGACUACGAAGCGAGCGAAGGGUCCUUUCAAGCUACGGCUCCUAUAAUCAAUUCAGAUCAUUUUCUCCAAUUUGCGAAAACAGUUUUAACGCCCGAAAUAUGCAAAAAAAUUUGUCAAAUAACUAAAACGCAGUCUGAAUGCCCAGAAUGGUUUGCUGCUCGAUUUGGCCGGAUAACAGUUUCAAAACUACACGAGGUUGCACACUGUCAUACAUAUGAUGGGACAACACUAGAGGCAGUACUUGGUGCGCGCAAAUUCACCCCUAGUAAAGCCAUGCGACGAGGCUUAAUAUUAGAAAAACAAGUACUACAAGUACUUUAUGAAGAAAAGAAGAUUUGUGCAAAAAGAUGUGGAUUCACAAUCAAACCAGAAGUGCCCAUAUUUGGUGCCUCACCUGACGCAAUUACGAAGCACCAUUGCAUUGAAAUCAAGUGCCCUUCAAGAGCCGAUACAACAGAAAACUAUUACAAGAAUGGAACAAUAACAGAAAAGUGUUAUGCUCAGGUGCAAUUGCAAAUGUUUCUUUGCGAUAGACAAAAAAGUCUUUUUUGUGUUGCGUCUCCUGAUUUUGAGGAGGAUAAACAAAUUACUACUAUUGAAGUAGCGUUGGAUAAGGCUUAUUGCAGCCAGAUGAUCGCUGAUGCGCUGCAAUUUUGGAAAGAAGCGGUGUUUGCCAAACUAAAUUCUUAG